CUUGUUUACCUUGAUGUUUUCGUAAUAUCCGGUGUCACUGACGUGUUUCCGCUUUUGUUCCGAAGGAAGAACAACAAUGGCGUCCUGUAGUAAGGACACAGCCGCUGCUACUGAGGAAGAAACGACUGAAACGUUGGCUUCCCAGAAGAGAGAAGAGAGGCUCCGCAAAUUCAGGGAGUUACAUUUUAAACGGAAUGAAGCUCGUAAACUGAAUCAUCAGGAGGUGGUGGAGGAGGACAAGAGACUGAAACUUCCUGCCAACUGGGAAGCUAAAAAAUCCAGACUGGAGUGGGAGCUUACUGAAAAUGAAAAGAAGAAGGAAUGUGCUGCUCGCGGUGAGGACUAUAACAGAGUGAAGCUGCUGGAGGUCACCGCCGAUGAGGCAGAGCGAUGGGAGAGGAAGAAAAAGAAGAAGAAUCCAGACACGGGAUUUGCAGGUUAUGCGGAGGCCCAAUUCCGACAGUACCAGAGACUCACCAAGCAAAUCAGACCAGACCUGCAAAGCUAUGAGAAGCAAAGGGAGGAGAGCGGUGAGGACUUCUACCCCACGUCCAAUAGCCUGAGCUACGGCACCCACGUUCCCACAAAGGACGGCAUUGACCGCAUGGUGGAGGAUGUUGAGAAACAGAUUGAGAAGCGCGCCAAGUACAGCCGGCGCAGGGCUUACAACGACGACGCAGACAUCGACUACAUCAACGAAAGGAACGCCAAGUUCAACAAGAAGGCGGAGCGCUUCUACGGCAAAUACACGGCAGAGAUCAAACAGAACUUGGAGAGAGGAACAGCUGUCUAGUGAGACCUGUCACCCUGUCACUCUAUGCUGUGGAUGCUUUAUUUUGCUAAAGUUUGUAAGCAGUGAAUGGGUUUUCUCUUAUGUUGCUUUUGACCUGACAGGUCUAAGAAUAUUGUCUUAUGUUCCUUUGUACAGUAUUAGGACUGUAAAAGCUAUACGCCACCCCCCCCCACCCAUUUUUUUUAUUAUUAAAUAAACCACUUAUUAUCCAGUAA